AGCGCGACUGAUGUAUCCAUGAAGUCGUUACUACAAAGAUGGCGGAUUUCCUGCCCUCCCGGACUGCUAUAGUUUGUAUUCCCAACUGUCUCCUCUCGAGCAGCGAAAUUGACCAAAUCAGAAAGUCUAAGGAGAUCGACAAAAGCCUGUCUCGGGAGAAGACGUAUGCGAAGAAACUGGUGAAGAUAUUGUUGUUAGGAGCGGGCGAAAGUGGCAAGUCAACUUUCCUCAAACAAAUGCGCAUAAUUCAUGGGCAGGACUUCGACCAGCAGGCCAAAGAAGAGUUCCGGUGUACAAUCUACAGCAAUGUUAUCAAAGGUAUCCGGGUGUUGGUGGAUGCACGUGAGAAACUGCACAUCCCUUGGGGAGACCCUGAAAAUCAGGUUCAUGGGGAGACUGUGAUGGCCUUUGACACCCGCUCAUCCCUGAUGGCCAAAGGGAUGGUGGAGACCAAAGUCUUCCUGAACUACCAGCCCUCCAUCAGUGCCUUGUGGCAAGACAGUGGUAUUCAGACUGCUUACGACAGACGAAGAGAGUUUCAACUGGGUGAAUCUGUGAAAUAUUUCCUGGACAAUGUGGACAAACUUGGACAACCGGACUACUUGCCUAGCCAAAAGGAUAUACUUCUGGCACGGAAACCAACCAAGGGUAUCCAUGAGUACGACUUUGAGAUAAAAAAUGUCCCUUUCAAGAUGGUGGAUGUGGGAGGGCAGCGGUCGGAGCGCAAGCGAUGGUUUGAGUGCUUUGAUUCUGUGACCUCCAUCCUCUUCCUAGUCUCCUCCAGUGAGUUCGAUCAGGUUCUCAUGGAAGAUCGGCAAACGAACAGGCUCACGGAGUCGCUUAACAUCUUCGAGACGAUCGCCAACAACUGCGUUUUCGCCAACGUCUCCAUCAUUCUCUUUCUGAAUAAGACAGACUUGCUGGAAGAAAAAGUUCAGGUUGUGAACAUCAAGGACUACUUCCCUGAGUUCACAGGGGAGCCCAACAAUCUGCAGGAUGUGCAAAAGUUCCUGGUGGACUGCUUCCGUAACAAGCGCCGGGAACAGCAGCAAAAGCCCCUUUACUAUCACUUCACCACUGCCAUUAACACAGAGAACAUUCGCCUUGUCUUCCGUGAUGUCAAAGACACCAUCUUACACGACAACCUUAAACAGCUUAUGUUACAAUGAAAGGCCCCAGAUGACCUUUUAAGAACAUUCCAUUUUAAUUAGGUUUUUACGUUAUUUAAUACAAAGUGGUUCAAUACAUGUUGUGGUUGAAGUAAAAUGGAUAGGAGAAUUAUGCAGUCUUCAAAAUUAUUGCAUAAUAUUACCUUCAUAUAUAUGCCAGGGGGCAACUGUUUUAAGCUUGUUGUAGCCAUAUCAAAUACUGUAUGUUAAAGAAUGGUCCUCAGUUAUUCACCAAAAUGCUGUAAUCGUGGUGAUUUACUGUUUGUGAGUGCAUAUUUUGUAUAGAACAGUCAACACUCCUGUAACGCAUAGGCUUGGCACCCUGUUUUGGUGAAGCUUUUCAGAAAGAAACCGAGAACACUCAGGGCUUUAAAUAUUUAAUUCAAACAGCUCUUCUGCACCAGCGAGCAGUUUUGUAUGGGGUUAAUUAGUUGUUUAUUUAAGACCCCAGUAUUUUGUUUUAUUUUUUAUUUUUUUUGUCUUCCCCACAGUCAAAAUGCCCUUUUCGUUAUAAGGUACUUUUGCAUGAAGUACGUAUAUUUGUCAUUUAUAUGAAAAGGGAAAGUAGAUUUUGAUGUUUGCCUUUUGAGCCUGUAUAUCUAGUUUUCCAACAUUUUUAAAAUCAUGCUUCUGUUCAAAGACAGUUUUUUUUUUUUUAAAUCCAUUUUUAUCUUACACCACGAAAACUGUUCUAAGGUGUUUUAAAUAUGCAUUGCUGGAUGUCAAGUAAAGAUGUAGAGUUUUUCCAAAACCAUUUGACUAACUGUAAAUAUUGAGCAGUUUUUUUCUCUCCUAAAUUCUCUUAUUUUUGUAUUUUUGGUCGUGUGUCUUUGCUCCUGUAUAGGUUGAAGUGGACUGCUUUAGCUCAGGGUUUUAUACAUUUACUGUUAAAGUUGUCCAUUUCACUUUAUAGGCCAAAUAAGUCGCCUUUGUUUGUCUUAAAUAUCUUUAUACAGGACACUUUCAUUUGAGAUCUAGCACAACUGGUUUGAUUUUAGGCAAAUUGAAAUAUGUUGAUGGGGAGGAGACCAAGUCUUAAUGUAAUCUUAAUUAAAAGAAGCACUGUAAUCUGACUGUUGUAUAGUUAAUUGAAUUUAGCUGAUUGCUUGCGUUAAGGUCUUCGUGUAUAAAAUCUGUAAAAAAAAAAAAAAAAAAAACAUUUGCUCAUAUAAUGCUGUGUAUCUUUUGUCAUGGCUAUAAUCACUUGCUUUUUGUAUAGUAUGUUUUCAUUGGUUUGUUUUAUUUUUUGUUGAUCACUUUGUGUAAUUCUGUCUAUUAAAUCUGAUUAUUUUA